AUGAUUUUACUGUAGCCCGUCUUCCUCCCUUGGUCACUGAAUAGCAGCUGCGGCGAACCCAAAGCCGAUCUCCCACUUCCGACCACUUUCUCCUCUCCUCCUCUUCUUCUCCUUCUUUCUUUCUUGCUUUCUUUCUUUCUUCUUCUUCUUCUUCUUCUUCACUGUUCCACUGAUUGUCACCCCCUUUCUUCCCUACCACUGUCGUUCCACCCGAACUGCCACUGCAAUUCCUAGCAGUGGCAGCAUUCUUCACUCCCUCUCUCUCAACUCUUUCUAUUCCCUAUUCUCCCAUGAAAUAAAUAGAAGAGGGGCCAAAUUCGAAGAUCGAUUGUUCCUCUUCUUCCCAUUCGAAGGCACUGUCCAUUCUUCACCCACAUCUCAACACUAAACAGAGGUGGUGGCAACUUUUCAAAUUGAUUAAAGCAGAGAUCCAAGAUCCGAUCAUAGUCAUUCACCAAUAUCUAGUUCGAUCAGUCACCAUUCAUUUCUCCUCUACAACUUAAGCAUCGCAGGUAUUCCUGUGCAGAUAGUUCUUACUCCACAUUCGUAUGAGUUGGGAGUAGAGGGGUUGGUUUGGUUCAGCCUAGGUACCUCUCGUACCAUCACAGAAAUUGUUUUGCCCCUUCCUUGCCUGGUCCAUUUAAAUGGGUGGUUUUCUGUUCUCCCUUAAUGGUCAAUUGAAAUCGUUCUCACCGAAUAGAAGAACUCAAGAAAGAAGCAACAAAGGAGGAUGAAGCCGAUGCUAAAGAAGCCCAAGGUGGAGACGGAUUCGGAGACGGGGGUGGAAGAGAAAGAAGGAGACAGCCACAGGGAUGAGGAAGAAGCGCUGGUUGCGCUCAUAGAGCACAGAACCAAAGAAGUCGAGCAUCUCCAUCAGAGGAUAACCUAUUACAAGUCCCAGCUUGAACAAGCAGAGAAGCGGUUACAUGAUUCACAAUCUAAACUGGCACGUCUUCGAUCCCAAGACAAUAUAAGAGGAUCUAAGAAACUUAUGGAUAAUUGUGUUACAGAAGUGAAAGUGGUGCAUGGGUCAACAAGCUCUAUUCAAAUUGAUCAAGAUCAUUCUCGAACCCGCACUCAGUCUAGACCUCAACUUCUUAUUCCUGCAGUGAAUCCCCAAGUUGCAGAACAUGUAAAGUUGCCAGAGUUCAAUAUGAAAGUUUUGGCUGAUAAUGAGAAUCAAGCUACUGCAUCUUUUUCUACUCAAUCAAAGAGUCUUGAGAAAAUUAAGGGGGGCAUUUCUAAGCAGGAAGUUGUUGAGUUGCAAGAUAAAGGGACAAAAAGGAAGUCAGAACAAAAAGAAUUUAAGGAAUUGAUUCCAUUGAUACGUAGCAGUUCAUCACCAUGCAUAAUUCGUUACCGUCCAGGUUCCCAUGUUUCCAGUCAACAUAAGAGAAAGUUGAGGAGUCUUGCUUUGAAUCCAAUUAAUGGUGAACUCUUUAUAACAAGUGCUUUGGACGGGGUUGUUAACCUAUGGCAAAUUCAGGCAAAAGGAUCAAGUGCCUCCCUACUUAGUAGUACAGAUUGUGUAUCCCCAAAACAAAGGAGAUGGCCUGAAGAUAUAACCUGGCACCCGCAGGGGAGUAGCCUAUUUUCUGCGUACAGUGCUGAUGGUGGAGAUUGUCAGAUUUCAAUCCUAAAUCUCAAUAAAUCAGAGGAAAGGAAGAGAGUAACCUUCUUGGAAGAAAAGCCUCAUCUCAAGGGAAUUAUCAAUAGCAUAGUUUUCAUGCCAUGGGUUGAUUUAUGUUUCGCAACUGGUGGAAGCGAUCAUGCUGUGAUACUUUGGAAUGAGAAAACUGGUGAAAACUUAUGGAAACCAAAGGCCUUACACAGGAAUCUGCAUUCUUCAGCUGUCAUGGGAGUUGCUGGCAUGCAGCAAAAGCAGAUUGUAAUGUCCGUUGGUGCAGACAAGAGAAUCAUUGGAUUUGAUUUGCUAGCUGGAAGAGCUGAUUUCAAGCAUCAAAUAGAAAGUAAAUGCAUGAGUGUGUUGCCCAAUCCAUUGGACUUCAACCUAUUCAUGGUGCAAACAGGGGCUCCCGAGAAGCAGCUUCGGUUGUUUGAUAUCAGGUUGAGGCAGACUGAGAUUCAUGCAUUUGGAUGGAAGCAAGAAAAUAGUGAAUCACAAUCUGCCCUAAUAAAUCAGUCUUGGUCUCCUGAUGGUUUAUACAUCACAUCUGGCUCAGCAGACCCCAUGAUCCAUAUCUUUGAUAUCAGGUACAAUGCUCAAAGACCUUCUCAAUCAAUAAAAGCACACCAGAAGAGAGUUUUUAAAGCAGUUUGGCACCAUUCCAUCCCACUUCUCAUUUCCAUAUCUUCUGAUCUGCACAUUGGGUUGCACAAAUUGGCCUAAAAAUGUACCGAGCUAACUUCUACAUUUUCUGUCCCAUUAUGCACCUAUUUUUGUUUUAUCAGAUGAGCUCUUUAUAUGUAAAGGAACUGCAGUUCGUCGGUGUUUUUCAAACAGUAAAAGCAAAGCCAUGAUGGGCCAUAAGUAAUGAAAAAAAAUUAUACUCUGGGAAUAUGAAGAAUAUCUACAAAAUGGCCUGUUUUUAACGUG